AUGAGCGCUCCUCCGCCCAAAAACACCAACGGCCCUCCCAAGAGGAAGCCGAACCCCCUGCGCCCAAUGCGCCCGAAGCCUCGCCCAAAACCUCCCGUGUCCGCCAAACAAGCAGGUCAGAAGCCGGGUUCUGCUGGCGCAUCGCAAAUGACGGCGCAGAACGGUAGCCGGCAGAGUCUUGAAGAGCUGCGCAAACAGUAUGGUGGUUGGUCCGAGCCACCUCCGCCAUAUCAAUAUAGCGACAUUCCAAUCAUGACGACCAAAAAGGCCUUGCUUGAAGGAAUACGCUAUCACCUCAUGAAACUAUCAUCUACCAAGGCUGACGGGAGGCCCAUCGACCCGACCGACCAGGAAGACUUCUCGCGGCCUGUGACUUUACAUCGGCGAGAUGCCCGCUUGCCGCCUCCAGGGAGAGCAGUCAAGGAGGAAAUGCCUCAGCGUGUUCCUAUCGACGAGCAAGAAAGAGAGAGACUAGCGCAGAUCAAGGCCGAAAAGGAGGCACAGCGCGCCAUAAAUCAAGCCAAGAUUGCACCUGUUGCCAAGGAUGUUGUGCCCAAGAAACCUAAGAAGCAAAAAGAGGAGCGCACAGUGUUCAACAGAGGGCCUCGUACUGCAGCAGCAAAGAAAGAAUCCGAUUUACGUUACGAAGAGGCACUACCGUGGCAUCUUGAAGACGUGGAUGGUAAAAACGUUUGGGUUGGUUCUUAUGUCGCGGCUCUCUCAGAAUCGAGUGUUGCAUUCAUGAUAGAUCAAUCCGUUUUCCGCAUGGUACCACUCGAGAAGUGGUAUCGUUUUACCGCAAAGCCGCAUUUCCAGGCCUUCACUCUUGACCAGGCUGAAGAGUACAUGAACAGAAAAAUCGACGUUGGUCGCUGGGUGAUGAAGGACGAAGAAAAGAAAACUGGCCAGCAGGAUUUGGAAGCUACUCGAAGAAUGCUCUACGGCGCUGGCAUGAUCAAGACUGAGAGCGACACCUUUAAAGCGGCAUCGCGGGCAGAAAAAAUGGAGCAUGAUGAGAUCGACAUGUCUGGAGACGAAUUCCAGGACGACGAUGAAGCCCCCAUGUUUGAGCGAAAUGACGACGAGGAUACCAAGGAUUCCAAGGAGCGAAUUCGUCGUGAACAGCUUGGUGCCAAUCUCUUCGGCGAUGGUGAUGAGGGCCAGGUUGACCAAGAGCUUCAGCAGCAGUUGAGAGAAGAACUUGAACGCCAAAAGUUUGGUAAAGCAACUCGAAAGGCGCUGAUCAAGAGAGAUCGCGAAGAAAUCUAUGAAAGUGACGAUUCAGAAGACAAUCCUUGGAGCAGUUCUUCCGAUGACGACUCUUCAGAUGAAGAGAAUGAAGAAAAGAAAGAAGACGGCAAGAAAGAGCGCGAAAACAAGGAUGACAAGGACGACAAGGACGAAAAAGGCAAGAACAAGGUAUCGGGCGCGCAAGGCGCUACUACACCUCAAGGCAAACAAAAGCACGGGGAUAAGAAGAACAAGUCUUUGAAGCGUGCAGGAUCCCCUGCGCUAUCCGAAUCAAGUGGAAACGAGUCAUCGCGGAAAAAAUUGAAGAAGACGGCCGCUACGGCACCUGGUAGUCGCUCCGGAACGCCAGUCCCCGGCGUCGUACGCAAGAAGAAGCUCGGUGCUGGAUCUGCGAGCGACGGCGAAGCCACAGCUGGUGAAAUGUCCGAUGGCGCUGGUCCUAGAAAGAAGAUGAAGCUGGUAAGCAGCGCCAAUGGAACGCCCUCUGCGUCUCGCGCUGGAAGCCCUACCCCAGCUGGUGCAUCACCACCACCUUCAUCUGCGGGUAUCGAGCCCUGGGAGAUUCUGGAAAAGAUUCCUGACACCGGCAUUAGCAUUGUGGAGCUCAUCAAACCCUUCCAGUCCCGUGUCGGCACCAAACCCGGCCAGAUGAAGAGAGACGACUGGAUUAAACUAGUCACCCGAAUCUGCAGAUAUGGUGCAGGGAAAAUGCUGUAUAAGCGCAAGUAG